AUUUUCAGGUUUGCUGUUUGCUUGAAAAUGAGACCCUGUUCUGAAAAAAACUCAAUGUAUUAACUGCAUUCACACUGUACUGUCUGACAGAACGUUUCUGAUAGCACAACAAAUUAGUUGUGGUUCUUGCUCAUAUCACCAGGACAAAAGAACCAUAAACAAUUAUGAAUGGGCUGCGCUUGGAUUUCAACAGUAGUGAGACAGUAGUGCAGGAUAUUUCGUCUCCUACCCGCAACAGGAAGAAAUUGCCGGAACAGUACCCGGCAUUUGCGGCCAUUCUGUCCUUUCUGUACCACUAUGCUCUGUUGUUGGGGUGUGUGGGCGAUAUAGAUAUCAAGAGAAUAUCGCAAUGGUUUCACAAUGAUACACCCAUAGGGGAAGACUUGGUUGACUUUGUGAUGAACCUACUGAAGAGAGUAGGCAAGAAGGUGAACAAGGACAACUGGCAGGAUCAGCUGGGCUCGUUUUUUCACAGACAGAACGAGUGGGACUCUUGGAUGCUGAAGAACAAUAGCAACGGGUUCCUCAAACUCACAAUGAACAGUCGACUGAAUGUUAUAAAGUAUCUUCUCGAGAGGCAGUUUGAUCGCAAUGAGAAAUUCCGGCAGCUAGUUGAGACACUGCCAAGUGAGGAUAUGCGAAUACUACCAGUAGGCAGUGAUGAGAAGGGACUCAUCUACUGGUACUUUGAAGACACUCACUUCAAUGUGUUGCUUUACAGGGAGGAACAGGAUGAUCACAAUGAGGAUAGUUUCACACUGCUAGCACGUUCUGUGGAGCAGUUCACGUGUAUUCUGACGAAACUUGAGAAUCGGGACUUCUCAUUAUUGGAUAUCAAGGAACUGAAGCAAACUGCAACCACGCCCAAAGUAGAACCCCAAGAACAAAUUUCCGAAAGUUAUCUGAAUAGAGCAGAAGUUGAGUUUCCAAAUGGAAAAGUGGAAUCUCAAAUUGAGAAUGAAAUAACGGAGACAUUAAAAUUGGUUUCUACAAAUCAAGAAGAUGAAAUUUCAAAAAAUACACUUGAAGAACCAAAAUUGGAGUCAAUUGACAUAUCUAAGGAGGAACCGAAGAUGCUCGCUGAGGGUGAAAUAAAGGAAGAGACUACGGAAAAUGCAGCUAGAACAGAAGCUCCAAGUUUAGAAGCUUUUCAAUUGAAACAAAACGUCUUUAAAUCGGAAGAGCUUAGUGUAAAAGAAGAAACCAGCGCUAUAGAGCAAAAACAAUCUGAAGCUUUUGAAGGUAAUUGCGAAACUAAAAACAGAGCUGAAAACGAAAGUCUCAAUGAAAACGGCUUGAAAACUCCCAACAAAAUUGAAACCAUAAACUGCGUGCACAAUAGCUCAAAACGAGGCAGUCCUCGAAAAAAAAUUUUCAAUGAAGUUUCUACUGAAAAUCAACAAAUUUCGACUGAAGAUUACGAAAAACGCAGAUCUUCAAGACUGAGUCGAUCUGCGAAGACAUGCUACAGUGUAGAAGAUACGUUUAAACUAAUAUACAGCCAAACUCAAGUUACGCCACCUCCUAAAAAGAGGAAAUUAAGUGCGAAAAAUGAGGAUUCAUUGGAAAAACACGAGGAUAAUUUAGUUUUAAACUCAAAUGAGGCAAGUGAAGACGUGCCAUUGGCGAAGAUUGCGAGUAGUCUUGAGAAAAAAGGCAAUAAAAGUAGUAAAAGCAAAAGCAAGAAGGGAAAGAAAAGUAAGAAAAAGAAAAAGAAAGAAGAUUCGGAUGAUGAAACUGAAAGAGAGGACAGAUCUGAUUCGGAAGAUGACGAGGAAGUGAUUUACCCAGGCGAAGAAGACUACGAAGGCUGCAAAGUGUGUUUGAAAAGGAGCAAACCGAACACGAUCCUUCUGUGUGACUCAUGUGAUUCGUCCUUCCACAUGGCAUGUCUCAGACCACCUCUCUUCGUCAUACCUGAACAAGAGUGGUUCUGCCCGUCUUGUUGCCACGAGAAACUGAUCGUGGAAUUAAGGGCCAUUCUAGAAGCAGUGCAGCUGCAGAUUGCCAAUACCAACAGGAGGAGAAAGUAUGUAUCGUCUCAUGUUCCUUUUGGAUUCCCUUCAUAUGUCAACUUUCAACAACAACAGUCACUUGAAGAGAAACAAGAUUUUUCUCAUCUCUUUGGCCAUCAAAUGUCUCCGAUAUCACAAGGUCGAAGUCUCAGAGAGAAGAAAAGAGUCAAUUACGGCUACAACGACUUCGACCAAGAGAUCAAAGCCGCAAUCAGGGCACAUAACUCACCGAUGAAAGGAGAAUCGGUUAAUGGGUACUCCUCAGACAAUUCCUCAUCUAACAGGGCAGAGGGUUCACCGUCCAAAUAUGGAAUGCGAUCUUCAAGGCGAUUGAACUUUUUGCAACCGGAGUCGGAAUUCAAUCAGGAUGAAGACUCAAAACAGCAAUAUAAUUCCAACUACAAUUCAGAAGCCGAAAUCGAAAAUGCUAACGAGAACUGCAAUAGUCAUUCCAGCACAGACGAAGCGAAUGUUGACGAAGACAAUUUCCCGAGAGAGCGAGAUGUUGCGAGAAGUAGAAUUGAUAAUCAUUUAGUGCCCAGCUCGGAAAUAUUCUCGAAUUUAAUUGCGGAAACGAGUUGUGAUGGAGAUCGGAAAACAUCCGAAAUGCCAGUGGAACCCAACUUAAAAUCUUUGCAAGAAAUGGAGUCGAAACGAAUAGAAACUGGGCUUAAUGGGUCAACUGUUCACUCAAAUGGUAGGCGAUCACCAGUCAAAGUGGGGAAAAUUGCCAAACUUGAAAAACUUCGCCAUAUGCAUUCAGACCCAACUGCGAGACACAAUAUAGGUGAAACUCAUGAAUAUACAGAAAACCCUACAAAUAUGAACCGCAAAGACAUGUCCGAAAAAAAGCUACAACAUGAUAAAAGUUCUCACGAUCUGGAAAAACAAGUGUAUAUCGAGAAACCUAGAAGACCACUUUUAACACAGAAUGAUUACGUAUACUAUGACGAUGCCGAAAGUGAUGUAGAAAAUGACCUUGAAAAAGGAGAAGAUCUUCAUGAUGAAUGUAAAAGGACACUUGAUUGUGAUGUAAAUGAAUUUGAAAAGAGUGUGAAUGGGUUUGAUGGAAGAUGUAAUCGAGAAAAAAGACAGACCUCAAAAGGUACAAAAUACACAGUAGAUGAAGAUUUCUGUGCAGACGAAUUCAGUGAUGAAAAAUUAAGCUCAGACGAAGAACUCUCAGAAGAGGAGUUUGAAGACGAUGAAGAGAACCCAUGGGGAGGAAAAAAGAAGAGGGGUAGAAGGGGGAGACGAGAGGCUGAGAAGAAGAGAAAGAAGCCAGAACUAGAGCCAGAGAGAGUUAGUUCACGUCUGUCUAGCAGGACGAGAGUAGCUUAUUCAGAAGAUCCAUAUGCAGAUGAUGUUGAGAAAUAUGCAAUCGACGGAAGCAAUCGUCCACCAAGAACAGCUCGCCGGUAUUUCGACGGCCUAUAAGCAAAUACGAUAGCUUUUAAGAAUGGGAUGAACAGAAUUGUUUAACCAAAAACGAACCUUUGUCAAAGUGAGAACAGAAAGCGUCUUCUGCAAAUAUAGAGUAAAAUGUUUCCAUGUUUUUGAAAUUUCCGUGAUUUAGUUUUAUCAAGUUUACAAAUUAGUUCUACGUCUUUUUUGUUCAUUAUUUAAAAAAAUGUUUAUUAACUAUCUUUUUUGCCGAAUAUUUGUGAAGAUUUAUUGUAAAUUAUGUCUAUUUCAUUUUAUUUGUUCCAAGUAUGGUAAUGUUGCCUAGCUGAAUUACAGAAUUAGUU